UUUUUAUUUUCCGUCGGCGUUUCUUUCAAAUUGCUGCCGCCGUUGAAAGAUAUUUGACUGCUCUGCCUUUUGUAAACAGCUGUUUUUGAUACCGGUGCAUUGUUUACAGUUGCCUGAAUAAAUUUGCGUAGGAAAUUUAAUUAAUAUUCAUUGAUUACAUUUUCUGUGAAAAGUGAGGAAAAUAUCGAGCCCAGCAACAAUGCUUAACUUUUUGAAGCAAACGAGAAAAUUUAUUAACUCAGCUGAGCCCGUUUGCAUUGUUUUGGGCAAUGAGUCUUGCGAUUUAGAUUCCGCUGUUUGUGCAGUAACACUUGCCUAUCAUUAUCAACAGCAAAGGGGUCAAACCAAUAGCUUAAGUAAUCGGAAAACACGAAACUUUCUACCUGUGCUGAAUAUACCACGUCGAGACUAUACGCUUAAAACUGAAGUUAAUUACCUUUUCGACCAGCAAUCUAUCAGCAACGAAUAUUUGACCUUUCGUGAUGACUUACAGCAAGAGUUUUUAGCUCGCAGUGAAUUCAUUUUGGUCGACCAUCAUGUAAGUCCUUUUGCUGCGCGUUGUUUAGAAGUUUUCGAUCAUCGCGCUUUUGAUGAAAAAGCUCAAUUAGCCAACGAUUGUAAGGUGCAUUUAGAGCUAGUUGGUUCAUGUGCUACUCUAAUAGCGGAACUAAUACUUGAGGAUAUAUCAACAACGGUAGCGCCUGAUGUUUUAGCGAUGUACGAAAUACUCUUUACAAUGCUACGGAGUACCAUUGUGUUGGACACUGUCAACUUCAGUGAAUCUGCAAAUCGUUAUACACCAAAAGAUGUAGAGAUUUCUAAAAAACUUGAGCAUUUGCUGACAAAUUCAAAUAGCGAUAAGACGUUGAGUGAACGCAAUCAGAUAUUUGAUGAACUAGUAGCGGCACGCGCCGAUAUAAGUCGCCUGACGGCAAUACAACUUUUACGAAAAGACUUAAAAAUACUGAAAAACACGGUUCAUAAUUUGAGCAUCGCCAUACCUGGGUUUCCAAUGCUGGUACAAAAAUUUAUUGAGCGGCCAAAUGCAGAGAGUGCUGUGAAAGAGUUUUCAGAGGAGACAAAUUCUGCAAUUGUAAUUUUAAUGGGAAUGUUAAUCACCAAUGGCAAUGUAGAACGCGAUCUCGGUUUUAUCAAUCUGAGUUCAGGUGAACUAUGCGCCACAAUACAACAGACACUGUUAACAAAUACUGAACCAUCGCUUUGUUUGCAACAACACGAAAAAUGUGAUUUCCUCAACGGCAGUUUUUACAAAUUGUGUAAUGUAAAAGUAACACGCAAACAUAUAUUACCAAUUGUUAAACAACUACUGGACAAGUAUCAAAUGUAGUGUAAAUAUGUUUACAUUUUUAUGUAGGCGCAUGUAAAAAGUAAAAAAAAAGGUAUUCAUACAUUUACGCAU